AUGGCAAUGUCCCUCAUCCAAGCCUGCCGCAGUCUAGCUCUCUCAACAUGGCUGCUAUCCUUUUGCUUCGUUCAUUUGCUGUGCCUGGACUUUACGGUGGCGGAGAAAGAAGAAUGGUACACCGCGUUUGUCAACAUUACUUAUGUGGAUCCCGUGACUUCAGAAAUCAAAACAGAGAAGACUGAGUGUGGAAGAUAUGGCGAGCACUCCCCCAAGAAAGAAGCAAGAGGGCAAGUGUUGAUGCCUUUGCUUUUGCAAGAGAGACAAGCUUGCGACCCGAACGCUAAGUAUCCCCUGCCUUAUCAAAACAAUGCUUGGAUGGCGUUGAUAGCUGCAGGGAAUUGUACAUUCAGAGAUAAAAUUCGCAACGUCGCUGCACUCCACAACGCAUCUGCAGUCAUAAUUUAUAACGUGGGCUCCACUAAUAUCAACGAUACCAUAACAAUGCCUCAUCAAGGUACGGGGGAUAUCGUGGCGAUCAUGAUUCCGGAACCCAAGGGUCGGGAGAUCGCUGCUCUACUAGAACGCAACGUCACGGUGACCAUGCACAUCACCAUAGGAACGAGGAACCUUCAGAAGUAUGUGAGCAGAACGUCGGUGGUGUUUGUCUCCAUCUCCUUCAUCGUCCUGAUGAUCAUCUCCCUGGCAUGGCUCAUCUUCUACUAUAUACAGCGGUUCAGAUACGCCAACGCUCGCGACCGCAAUCAGAGACGUCUCGGAGACGCAGCCAAGAAGGCCAUCAGUAAGCUCCAAGUACGAACCAUCAGGAAAGGAGACAAGGAAACGGAGUCUGACUUCGACAACUGUGCUGUGUGCAUCGAGGGCUAUAAAGCGAAUGAUGUUAUUAGGAUAUUGCCGUGCAGGCACAUCUUCCAUAAAAGCUGUGUGGACCCCUGGCUUCUGGACCAUCGGACCUGUCCCAUGUGUAAAAUGAACAUCCUCAAAGCGCUGGGAAUACCACCCAACUUUGACUGUGGGGGUGACAUUCCGCCAGACUAUGAGAUGUCAGUGGGAGGCCCGCCCACCAACGCAAUCACAGGGGCCAGUGACAUCACGGUGAACGGGGAAGAGAGCUCGGUGGUGCUGGACACGGUGGACAUGGACAGGACUAUAGGGCUGCCUCAGGUCUACCACGACGCCCACGAGACACUACCACAGGCUGGGGACAGCCGACACAUCGCCAGCAGUGAGCACCAGCCCCCGCUGAGCAGCGACUCGGACACCUCCCUUAUCUUGGCUGUGGAGGUGGGUCUGUCCGACAUGGAGCUCUCCCUCGGGCACGACCGUGACGAGGUCAAGUCCUGAGCCAAUCAGAGCCAAGUAGGAAGGAAGCUCCCGGGUUCGACAUGGAGAUGAGAAACGGGGCCGGGCCCCCUGAUGGGAGGUAGUGGCUCCAAAUAAAUAAGAGACAAGCAAGCAAUAGAACCCAUAGCAGUGCAACGCACCUAUCUGUCCCCACUGCCUCAUCUACAGGUUCCUCCUGUCCUGCCUCCCUUUUCUGACUACUGUCACGUUCAGUCGCCAUGGAAACCAGGCAGCCAAUCACAGCUCUUGUCAUUAGCCUCUGGACUGGGGGUAUAGUUUAGCACCUCUGUUAGUUGUCUCCAUGUCACCAUCACUUUGACUCUUUGGACAUGUGACAUUUUGAUUUCUUUCUACGAGAUCAUCACUGCCAACGUAUUCCAGAAUGAAACACGGAAAUCUUUACACCUCGUUAUAGGAAUAUCUAUUUAUACUGUAUAUGGUCAAUAUAAGCCUCCUGCAGCAUGGGCUUUGAGUGUCAUAAACAGUUAGUGCGUGUUCUGAGUGACCAGCAUUUACAUGUGGUAAACUUGAAGCUGAUGUUUUUUCACCACCUCUGCUUGAAAUAAUUUCCAUAACAUUCAACGCUGUUGGUAUUGUAGCAUUUAUACUAUGCACAUGUUGUCAAGCAUUUCUGAAUAUCCGAUUGUUAAAUUGCAUCCUUAUCCUUCAUUUAGGGGUCUUUAGGACCAUCGUUUAUUUCCACUUCUGAAGUACUGUACACCAUGUGUUGUGGGGACCAACUACGAGUUUGUUUUACCACACCAGUUGACAAUCACAGCCCACGGUAAUGGAGAUUUGCAGUGAUGACAUCAGCUACAGCCCUGUUUCAAACUGCUAAAGCUUUAUUAGCACCGCCAGUAACACAGCACAGGAGGCGAUAGUAGUGGCUGUUUGUUCCGUUUUAAUGUCAUGUCAUCUCCCAGUCGAGCCACCCAAUAGCAUGUGGUGAAAUCUUCUGUUCCCUAACAUAACGUGUGUCUGCAGGUCUGUGCAUUUGCUCUGUGCCAAGUUCUUGCAGUUUUAGUUUUUUGUAUUGAUGUUGCUUCUGUUUCUAGAAGCCAAAGCAAGAUGGCAUUGUGGAUGUUGUUGAGUUCACCCAUUGUUUGGAUAGUGAAAAGCACAUCGAAGUUGUCUGUUGAUAAAAGUAAAUGACAUUUGACUAUAUCUGAACUCGGUGUAUUAGAUAGCCCCUAGUCUGAGACAUCCCAGACCUAGGGCAACCGCACUAGUAUGCUGGAACAUUGGUACAUUGUGGGAAGCAACUGGCCCAUCUAGAGAGACUAGAUAGCCCCUAGUCUGAGAAAUCCCAGACCUAGGGCAACCGCACUAGUAUGCUGGAACAUUGGUACAUUGUGGGAGACAACUGGUCCAUCUAGAGAGACUAGAUUGCCCCUGGCGAAGGAAUACCAUGCAUUGGUUGUGGCUUUGGUUGACUGUGAAUUCAUUAUGAAAGAGUUGACUAAACCCUGUUGCAGAUAGUUUGUACCUCUUAGUCAUUUCUUCUGAGGAUAAAACUUUUUUUUUCUUCCUAUGAUGAAUUUCAAAAUGGCAGUUUUUUUUGUACAUUCGUCGUGUAGGGAAACGAAAGUCUGACGAACAGCAUUUAUUUUAGUAUGAAAAUAAGUUUAUUUUUGUAAGAAAAAGAAAAUGGAGGUAAAUGUUUACAGUCCAGGAGAAAUGGAGUAAGAGAAUAGUUGCCUGGUUUCAAGAGCUCACUGGUAAUGCUAAUGCAUUUUGAAUGACAUGUAUUAAUUCAUGGUUUAUGUCUUUCCUCCCCCGAUUUUGAUUACUGCUCUGUAAUUGUUUCAAAGGCCAUUUUUUAUUUGAGUUUGAUUCCUGUCUCUUUUGGAGUUCCCUCAAGGUUCUCAACACAUUGAUUUAUUUUACAAAUGUGUACUUUCAUCCUUAACAUAUGAUCAUCUUAUAUUGCUUUAGUAUGCAAUUUAGAUUUGAUUUUCAGGCUAAAAUCUGUAUGAAAUGGCACAAGGCCACUGUUGUUAUCGAGCAUCUACUGCGUUUCUCUUCCUUACUAUGCGUUCGUUCAUUUAAUCAUUGGUUCCUUUAGGCCGCCAACCAAUCAACAACCAAUCAACUCCCAGUUAUGUAAGAAGUUCAUAUUACCCAUAUUCCCCCCUGUCCUUGUCAAUCAGAGAAGGAUUACAGAAUCUAUGGGAGAAUGUUGAAAUCUCCCACGCUCAUGCAUUAGGUACAUCUGUAUGCCCUCCUAGUGUGUCAGACUCCUUACAUUUAGCUUUGUUUUGCAGUAUCAGUUUGUGAAAUACACUACAUCUGUGUGAUUAAUAUUGCAUAAGCGUCAUAAAUGUAUAUUUAAUCAAUCGAUUGAAUGGAGACUGAAGAGCGAUGCAUUGAACAUGGCUCAGUUAAAAGCAUAUUCUUCCCACUUUUUGCGUUCCAAUUCUCUACACUUCUCACUAAGUGUGCACACUUAAAGUAAUGGAUUUUAUAAUGGUGGAAACGCCCUCCAGCCAAUGUUUACACCAAUCCAGUGCUUCUAAAUCAGUGGUGAGAACUGCACGGUAUGGGAGGAUGGGGAUUUAAGUGCUCCACCAUAACUCAUGGCAUCCUUGGCCAGAAUACUAUAGAUCCAUUAAAAUAUGGUAUGGUAGCCUCAUCUAGCCUCUCCACACACAGCUCUACAGUUGUUACUAUGGGCUGAGGGCCCUAGAAACAACUAACAGCGUUUGAUUUCCCUCUGGGGGUUGGUUUCACACACACACACACACAACACCACACAGUUUCCAUGUGCCCAUUUGUUUGUAUUGCACAGGGGGACAAGAUAAGAGGAAGCAAUUAAGCUCGGGGGGCAUUUUGAACCAGAGGAGGGUUUUGAUAGAUGCUGAUUGUACUGUGUGUGUGUGUGUGUGUAUGCGUGUCUGACAUCUUCACUUGUGUGAAGCCAGAACAUUUAAAAGCCUUUAAUUGCUUCCUGUUUCAUGUCAGGGGUCGUGUUUAAUUGACUUAACUUCCUGAAAGGUCAUUCUCUCAUUCUCAAACUUCUUAAGUCCACUUAUUCUAACAACUCUUUUUUUUUAAAUUUUAUGACCAUGAAGAAGCAAUGGCCUUGAUUUGAACGUAAUUUGAAUGAAUAUCAGUUAUAUUCGUAAUGAACACUUGUAAUAAACCGGCAUGUUCUUCCUAAUAAAGUAAUGAAUGCACAUAUUAUAGUCUUAUAGUAGGUUAUUGUUUACCCCAAUGAUGGUAUAAUUAUGUCAGGUAUACAUAAAAUUACAUAAUAGAAACUCAUCAUUUAAAUAUAGCUUUUAGUUCUCUGUCUUUAACUGGUUGUGUACUACCUAGAAUGCACUUUUUCACAUGAAGGAGAGUUCUGUAUACUACAACGAAAUGGCACAAAACAUCUUUUGAAUACGGUUGACCUUAAAUGCGGUUGACAGUUGACACGACCAUGUUUUUAAGAGAGAGGGCUACAAUAUUGGGAAAGGCACAUGACAAUUGUCACUGGAUGUGUGCUGUUUAAGAGUCUGUGUUCUUUUAUCUAGACUUGUAUACCAGCUGAGGAUUUGGGGAAUGUUACAAAUGUUGUAUGCUAUAUCUAGCAGAACUCUACAGUAUUGCUAUUUUGUAAUAUAGAGAAAUAUGUAAAUAUUUUUGGUAGUGUUAAUGAUAUACAGUACAGUUCUAUAAUACAAUGUUGCACGUGUGUGAGUCAAUGAUUGUGAGGUACAAUACAUUUUAUUGCAAGUUUUUCCAA